AUGACUUCCUACCUCAUCACCGGGGCGUCUCGUGGGAUUGGCCUUGAACUGGCCCGGCAGUUGGUCGAGUCUAACGCCGAAAUCACCAUUUUUGCUGCAGCCCGAUCUACCACCGCGCCUGGGUUUCAACAACUAUUGGAAAGGCAUCCAACGCAGAUCAUACACGUGCCGCUGGACGUGACAAGCGAGGAUAGCAUUAAAGCGGCGGUGUCACUUGUGGCCUCAAAGCUUAACGGCCAGGGCUUGGAUGUGCUAAUUAAUAACGCGGGCGUCAUGAACUCGGGGCGCCUUGAGGACAUGACCGAUCUUGACGAAACCUUCCGGGUCAAUGUCAGCGGCGUCCACUCUCUUACGCGGGCGUUUCUGCCAAUUAUGAGGGAGGGCCGGGAGAAGAAGAUCCUGAAUAUGUCUUCCACGGUCGGCUCCAUUGCCUUGCAUCAAGUCUUCCGUAUGACGCCUGUGCCUUCAUACAAGGUCACAAAGGCCGCAUUGAACAUGCUCACGGUGCUCUAUGCCGAUGAACUGAAGGAUGAAGGCUUCACUGUCUUCUGUGUGAGCCCGGGUUGGCUGAAAACUGAUUUGGGGGGUGAGAACGCGGAUCUUCCUGUGGAAACCGGAGUCAAGUCAGUGUUGAAGAUUCUCUCGAGUGCUGGCCGAGAGGCCAACGGGCAGUUUUUCAAUAUUGAGGUGUCAGGAUGGGACAAAUACCAGGGAGAGAAGGUUCCCUGGUAG